AUGUAUAAUUUACAGCCAGACAUUACUGCUCCUGGAAUUGGUAUAUUAGCAGCAUGGCCUCCCAAAACUCCUCCAACUCUGUUACCGGAAGAUCGUCGCUCCGUGAAGUGGAAUUUUCAAUCAGGAACAUCAAUGUCAUGCCCCCAUGUAUCUGGAGUAGUUGCCCUAAUCAAAUCUGCGCACCCCAAUUGGUCACCUGCAGUUAUUAGAUCCGCUCUUAUGACCACAGCUUGUACUAGGGACUCGACACUCGACACAAUCCUUGAUGGUGGAUCAAUGCAAGAGUCUAAUCCCUUUGACGUAGGAGCAGGCCAUUUGAACCCCCUAAGAGCGAUGGAUCCGGGGCUAGUUUACGACAUAAAACCAAACGAUUACAUUUCCUUUCUAUGCAACAUUGGAUACAGCCAAGACAAAAUCAAGAAAAUAGUUCUUCCCACUCCUGGAAUGGACACAAGAUGCAGCUCAAAGCGAAACAAAGCCAAGACUGCAAACAUAAACUAUCCAUCGAUCACAGUUUCGAAUCUUCGGUCGACAACGACUGUCAAAAGGACGGUGCGAAACGUCGGUCGAAACAGGAAUGCGAUAUACUUUGCUAGCAUUGUGAAGCCUGAUGGAGUGGAGGUAAUGGUGUGGCCAAGAACAUUGAUAUUCACAGUGUUGAGGGAAGAAGUGUCAUAUUAUGUGACGGUGAGAGCAGUGAAGAAGUCAGAAGGGAGAUAUGAUUUUGGAGAGAUAGUUUGGUCAGAUGGGUUCCAUUAUGUUAGGAGUCCACUGGUUGUGCAUGUCAACAACACUCUGGAUUGCAAUGAGCUCAACUCUUAUACUGGCAUCUAAUUAGCAGCUUCAAAGCAUAUUAUUGAGAAUAAACUAUGUGUGUUUAUGCAUUUGAUUCUAAAAUAAUGAAAGUUUAAUUUGCUUCUUGAAGUUGGUGGUGUUUGUGGGAAUCAUAUAAAUAUACGAUCAUCAUCAGUUUUUUU